CAAUUGUCACUGGUCGGAGUCAACGUAAACAUGUCGGGUCUCCUGGAACCAACGCUCUAUGUGAUCAAGGGUAUCGCCAUCCUCGACAAUGAUGGCAACCGUCUCCUGGCUAAGUACUACGACCCGAACGUCUUUCCAACAGUUAAGGAUGAGAAGAAGUUUGAGAGGAACUUGUUUCAGAAGACACACCGGGCCAACGCUGAGGUCAUCAUGCUGGAUCGAUUAACUUGUGUUUACCGUUCCAAUGUUGAUCUCUUCUUCUAUGUUAUGGGGCUGUCGCAUGAAAAUGAGCUCAUCUUAGUGUCAGUGUUGAGCUGCCUCUAUGAUGCUGUUUCUGCAAUCCUGAGAAAAAAUGUGGAGAAACGGACACUGUUGGAUAACCUUGAUAUUAUAAUGUUAGCACUGGAUGAGAUUUGUGAUGGAGGUGUACCACUUGAGACAGACCCUCAGGUGGUGAGUCAACGUGUGGCACUGCGGAUAGAGGAAAGCCCCUUCAAUGACCAGACAGUUACUCAGACAACAUGUGCACCUGGCCCGGAUAAACAGUAAUAACUUUACCAAGUAUCAUUUGUUUGUCUUGCAGUCAGCCCGUGAGCAGCUCAAGUGGUCAUUGUUAAAGUGAUGAACUGAGAGCAGGCAUUCUGCUAGUUGUUAUAUGACCUAUACUUUUUCUAAAUAGAUGUAUUGUAAAUGAAGGUUUUCAACAAUAUUUGAAGAUAAUUUCUUUGGUAUGUGCUUAACGUGUACUGUAUUUUGAAUGAUAUAAAAAUUGGAUUUCAUUGAUUGAGGUUGACAUACAGUACUGUGUAUAGUAAGGAGUUAUUUAUAUACCCGGUAAUACAGGUAUCCUUUUUUUUAUUACUUUUGGGUAUAUUUAGAUUGUUUUUCUUUUCCUGGUGUACAAAAUACAGAGUACCCUGUAUCUGAAAGGGGAAGUGUUAUUUAAAGUUUUGUGACCAAUAGCAUAUAAUUUCUGUAAACAUUCUUCACACUUGUAAUAUUUCAUGUAUCUUUAGUGGAAUAUAUAAAUUUUAUAUGAAC